GGGGGUGGUGGCGCGGUCCUUUGUGUGAGGUUGGAAGAGCCUGAGAUCGAGAAGAGGGGCCUGCUUUGAUUCUGGACCCUAUAGUUUCCUGGCCGUUACCUGCUUGGGAAUCUGACUACCAGUACCAGAGCGCAGUGCGGCAGUGGCGCCUUCUUUGUGUAUAGACUGAGACCCCGCUCCAUCUAGAUAUCUAGGGGUAGUGCUUAAAGACAGCUUUCCCCAGCCACACCUGGCACAGCAGCGUGGCGGAAUUGACAUCGUUACUCCAGUCACCUAGAGCAGGGUCUCAGCACCCAACCUUCCCCGCAUUGUCUCCCCUUCGGCUUCUUGAGAAAGGGAACCAGUCCGUAAUCUUUUAGGCACGUGGCUCCCACCCCUCUAUCUUGAGGAAAGGGCGUGCGCCUUGAAAGCUUAGGUAGUGUCCUCCCUUCCACCUCCUCUAGCUCUCAGGGUGCCAGCGCCUGGCCUACAUUGUGCAAUGAACGGCCUGGCUUCGUCAUUGUAUGUAGAAUUUUUUGAAGUUCCCCCGUGGGAGACAGCUUCAAAUUUUUACCAUUGAUGUUUUAUCAAUACGAAAUCUUAGUGCCAAGGUUCUUUUGCUUUAAGGUUUUCCCUUAGAAACACCCAGAUGGCGGCCGUCUUGUUUAACUCACAGGUGAAGCAGAGAACGCUCCCUGAAACAGGCUUCAAUCUGCAAAGAAAAUCUGAACGUUGUUAGUAUGAAGUGUAACAGAACAGACUUUACCACCUGAAACUGCUGCUUCAAGUUCAGAUCAGGCAAGGAACAAACCUCGUAACAACUAACAAGACCAAAGAAGAGUACACUUAAGUUGAAGACACAACACUUGAUCUGAAACAAGAAGUUUGUGCCUACUCAACAGCUUUGAAAGAGCACUUCCCAACGCUGCUAGUAGUCUUUGUUUUCUUCAGGGCUGUACUGUGAGAUUGCCCGGUACAGCAGCAGUUGUAUUCUUUAUUAGCUUGGUAGAUCAUUUUCUCUCGCUCUUUUUUUUAAUACUAGCAACUUUCAUCCUUUGAAACGUGUGCUGAAAAGAAGAAUCAGCAAAUACUACUGAAAGUGCAAUAUUCGAUUAUCACUGCGAGAUGAGCUUUGAUCCAAACCUUCUCCACAACAAUGGACAUAAUGGGUACCCUAAUGGUACUUCAGCAGCACUGCGUGAAACUGGGGUUAUUGAAAAACUGUUAACCUCUUACGGAUUUAUUCAGUGUUCAGAACGUCAAGCUAGACUUUUCUUCCACUGUUCACAGUAUAAUGGCAACCUGCAAGACUUAAAAGUAGGAGAUGAUGUUGAAUUUGAAGUAUCAUCGGACCGGCGGACUGGGAAACCCAUUGCUGUUAAACUGGUGAAGAUAAAACAAGAAAUCCUCCCUGAAGAACGAAUGAAUGGACAAGUUGUGUGCGCUGUUCCUCACAACUUAGAGAGUAAAUCUCCAGCUGCCCCGGGUCAGAGUCCAACAGGGAGUGUAUGCUACGAACGUAAUGGGGAAGUGUUUUAUCUGACUUACACCCCUGAAGAUGUCGAAGGGAAUGUUCAGCUGGAAACUGGAGAUAAAAUAAACUUUGUAAUUGAUAACAAUAAACAUACUGGUGCUGUAAGUGCUCGCAACAUUAUGCUGUUGAAAAAGAAACAAGCCCGCUGUCAGGGAGUAGUUUGUGCCAUGAAGGAGGCAUUUGGCUUUAUUGAAAGAGGUGAUGUUGUAAAAGAGAUAUUCUUUCACUAUAGUGAAUUUAAGGGUGACUUAGAAACCUUACAGCCUGGUGAUGAUGUGGAAUUCACAAUCAAGGACAGAAAUGGUAAAGAAGUUGCAACAGAUGUCAGACUAUUGCCUCAAGGAACAGUCAUUUUUGAAGAUAUCAGCAUUGAACAUUUUGAAGGAACUGUAACCAAAGUUAUCCCAAAAGUACCCAGUAAAAACCAGAAUGACCCAUUGCCAGGACGCAUCAAAGUUGACUUCGUGAUCCCUAAAGAACUUCCCUUUGGAGACAAAGAUACGAAAUCCAAGGUGACCCUGCUGGAAGGUGACCAUGUUAGGUUUAAUAUUUCAACAGACCGACGUGACAAAUUAGAACGAGCAACCAAUAUAGAGGUUCUGUCAAAUACAUUUCAGUUCACUAAUGAAGCCCGAGAAAUGGGUGUGAUUGCUGCCAUGAGAGAUGGUUUUGGUUUCAUCAAGUGCGUGGAUCGUGAUGUUCGUAUGUUCUUCCACUUCAGUGAAAUUCUGGAUGGGAACCAGCUCCAUAUUGCAGAUGAAGUAGAGUUUACUGUGGUUCCUGAUAUGCUCUCUGCUCAAAGAAAUCAUGCUAUUAGGAUUAAAAAACUUCCCAAGGGCACGGUUUCAUUUCAUUCCCAUUCAGAUCACCGUUUUCUGGGCACGGUAGAAAAAGAAGCCACUUUUUCCAAUCCUAAAACCACUAGCCCAAAUAAAGGCAAAGAGAAGGAGGCGGAGGAUGGCAUUAUUGCUUAUGAUGACUGUGGGGUGAAACUGACUAUUGCUUUUCAAGCCAAGGAUGUGGAAGGAUCUACUUCUCCUCAAAUAGGAGAUAAGGUUGAAUUUAGUAUUAGUGACAAACAGAGGCCUGGACAGCAGGUUGCAACUUGUGUGCGACUUUUAGGUCGUAAUUCUAACUCAAAGAGGCUCUUGGGUUAUGUGGCAACUCUGAAGGAUAAUUUUGGAUUUAUUGAAACAGCCAAUCAUGAUAAGGAAAUCUUUUUCCAUUACAGUGAGUUCUCUGGUGAUGUUGAUAGCCUGGAACUGGGGGACAUGGUCGAGUAUAGCUUGUCCAAAGGCAAAGGCAACAAAGUCAGUGCAGAAAAAGUGAACAAAACACACUCAGUGAAUGGCAUUACUGAGGAAGCUGAUCCCACCAUUUACUCUGGCAAAGUAAUUCGCCCCCUGAGGAGUGUUGAUCCAACACAGACUGAGUACCAAGGAAUGAUUGAGAUUGUGGAGGAGGGCGAUAUGAAAGGUGAGGUCUAUCCAUUUGGCAUCGUUGGGAUGGCCAACAAAGGGGAUUGCCUGCAGAAAGGGGAGAGCGUCAAGUUCCAAUUGUGUGUCCUGGGCCAGAAUGCACAAACUAUGGCUUACAACAUCACACCCCUGCGUAGGGCCACAGUGGAAUGUGUGAAAGAUCAGUUUGGCUUCAUUAACUAUGAAGUAGGAGAUAGCAAGAAGCUGUUUUUCCAUGUGAAAGAAGUUCAGGAUGGCAUUGAGCUACAGGCAGGAGAUGAGGUGGAGUUCUCAGUGAUUCUUAAUCAGCGCACUGGCAAGUGCAGCGCCUGUAAUGUUUGGCGAGUCUGUGAGGGCCCCAAGGCUGUUGCAGCUCCUCGACCUGAUCGGUUGGUCAAUCGCUUGAAGAACAUCACUCUGGAUGAUGCUAGUGCUCCUCGCCUAAUGGUUCUUCGUCAGCCAAGGGGACCAGAUAACUCAAUGGGGUUUGGUGCAGAAAGAAAGAUCCGUCAAGCUGGUGUCAUUGACUAACCACAUCCACAAAGCACAUCAUUAAUCCACUAUGAUCAAGUUGGGGGGAAUCUGGUGAAGGGUUCUGAAUAUCUCCUUCUUCAUCCCUCCCGAAAUCUGAAAUACUUAUUCUAUUGAGCUAUUACACCAGUUUUAACACCUUCCUCGUGUUAUGUUUAAAAAAAUAAAUAAAUUUAAGAAAACCAUUUUAAAAUAAUGCACAGUUGCAGCCUGGAAAACUUAAGGUGGCGCCUUAUAGUAUCAAUUUUAGGAGCUUUAUUUGGUGCAUUUAACGCAACUGGUAAUUGCAAAAUCCACUUCGCCUGUGUUAAGUGAAAAAUAUAGACUGUUACCUUGUUGGCCCUAUGAAAUUCUGCACUUUUCAUUAUAUACUCUACCUUCAUUAAUUACUUCUGGCAAGAUGUUCUGCCUUAGCACUCAGUUGCAUUCUUUUUCUUUUUCUUCCUGUUCAUUAUGCUUUAAUUCUGAGGACCAUAUGAGGGUAGAAUAUAUUAUCUUUUAAAAAUUACAAAGAUUUGUAUAGGCAAACCAUUUCUUAAAGUUGAUGGCCAAAUUUUAAAAUGUUAUUUUUCAUAUCAUUUAUAAUCUUGUCACAAUCCACUUAAAGAAGUUUGGUUAUAUUUCAGUGAAAAUUAUCUUACAGAGUAGGUUUUUUUUCGUGGGUUGGGGGGUAACUUUACUACAAUUAGUAAGUAUGGUGCAGAAUUUCAUGCAAAUGAGGAGUGCCAGCAGUGUGAUAAUUUAAACAUAUUUAAACAAAAACAAAAAAAAAAAUGAAUGCACAAACUUGCUGCUGCUUAGAUCACUGCAGCUUCUAGGACCCGGUUUCUUUUACUGAUUUAAAAACAAAACAAAAAAAUAAAAAUAAAAAAGUUGUGCCUGAAAUGAAUCUUGUUUUUUUAAUAAGUAGCCGCCUGGUUACUGUGUCCUGUAAAAUACAGACACUUGACCCUUGGUGUAGCUUCUGUUCAACUUUAUAUCACGGGAAUGGAUGGGUCUGAUUUCUUGGCCCACUUCUUGAAUUGGCCAUAUACAGGGUCCCUGGCCAGUGGACUGAAGGCUUUGUCUAAGAUGACAAGGGUCAGCUCAGGGGAUGUGGGGGAGGGCGGUUUUAUCUUCCCCCUUGUCGUUUGAGGUUUUGAUCUCUGGGUAAAGAGGCCGUUUAUCUUUGUAAACACAAAACAUUUUUGCUUUCUCCAGUUUUCUGUUAAUGGCGAAAGAAUGGAAGCGAAUAAAGUUUUACUGAUUUUUGAGACACUA